AUGGUUACAGAUAUGAGGAGUAGGAUGUAUAUUUUUGUUGCUAGGUUGUCUCAUCUAUCGAGUAAGAAAGGUAAGGCUGCGAUGCUAAUAGGUGAUAUGGACAUAGCGAGGCUGAUGAUUCAUGCGCAACAGGUUGAAGAGGAUAAGCUGAGGGAUAGGGAAGAAUUUAGAAACAAAAAGGCUAAGACAUCUGGGAAUGAGUUCGGGCAGCAGAAAAAGUGCCCUAAGAACAGGCAGGGCAGUGGAAAUAGGGGCAAUAGAGACCAAUCUUCUACAGUUGCUCAACCAGACAGAGCUGCACCUAGAGGAGCUACUUCGGGGUUUGGCGAAGGAGCAAACCGCCUAUAUGCUAUCACUAGUCGCCAAUAG